GACAUCAACAACAACAUCAUAUCUACAUUUGCCCCCUUCAUUUCAAUGAAUUAUAUACAUAUCAUAUAAUCUACCUCUCGAGAAAUUUCUAAACAUUCUCUCUUUACAAAGUAUAAGGUUAAGAACCACUUCCAUUUCACAUCUUCGCAUCUCGAAUCAAUACAUCCCACGUUUCUAUUCUCACACUCUGAAAAGGUCCCCAGACCUCGUAUUCAGGACUCGCCAACACCAUGUACGAUUCUACCAUCACAUUUACCUUUGAUACCAUUUGUCCAUGGACCUAUCUAGCCAAGAAGAGAUUGGAUGAAGCACUCCGUAUCGUCCGUUCAACAGAUGCAGCUUCGAAAGUUAACUUCACCAUCAAGUUUUCACCAUACCAACUAUAUCCCGGAGCCAGCAGAGAAGGCGAAGAUAAAUAUGAUUGGUAUCGCAAGUCCCGCUACGGAGAUUCUGAGGACAAAAUGGAAAUGUAUAUCAAGUUGAUGACUGCAUAUGGAAAAUCCGCAGGUAUAGAUUACAAGUUCGGCGGUACAGUUGCCAAUACCCUCGAUGCUCAUCGAGUCGUUCAACACUUCCAACAAGAAGAUGUGAAAGGCGGUGGUCCGGAAACAGCGGAUAAGAUCGUCAUGGCAUUGUAUCGGAUGUAUUUCCAAGAGGAGAAACAUCCUAGUAGUGAGGAAACAUUACUUGCCGCUUGUAAGGAAGCGGGGGUGGGUGAAGGAGAAGCAAAGAAGAUCAUUGAGGAUGAAUAUGAGGGAUUGAUGGAUGUGAAGAAUCUGAUUAGAGAGGCGGAGGGAAAUGGUGUGGAUAGUGUGCCAGUUGUUAGUGUUGAGGGUAAGAGGAGGGAUAUAACCUUAACUGGGGCACAGGAAGUGCAUGAAUAUGUGAAGACGUUGGAGCAGAUUGUUAAGGAAAGCGAUUGAAUAGUUGAUGGAGGUGUGCUUUUGAAAAAAGUUGUGUGAUUUAUCCUUCUUAGCUAUGAAGCAAUUUAUCUAGAACACAGGAGAGAUGGGUGUACUACGUGUA